GAAAUUCCUCGAGAGACAAUUGCAAAGCGAUGGAAAAUUGGCGCGGCAAAGUUGCUGUCGUUACAGGCAGUUCAGCAGGCAUCGGAGCGGCGAUUUGUGAAGCUCUGGCACGUCAUGGAGUGCAUGUUGUUGGAAUGGCACGUCGUACCGAUCGAACAGCUGCUCUUGCGGAAAAAUGCAAAUCAUUUCCGGGAAAAAUUCAUGCCGUCGAAUGCGACGUUACCUCAUCUGAAUCCAUUAAUAAGGCUUUUGAUUGGGUUUCGAAGAAAUUUGGAGGCGUCGAUAUUCUUGUGAACAACGCAGGAACGUAUCGCAAAGGAAAUUUCUUGGAUUUAGAAAUUCCGGAUGAAAAAUUUACUUUGACUUUUGAGACAAAUGUCACAGGAUUGCUUUUGUGCACGCGACGAGCCUAUAAAUUAAUGUUGAAUCGUCCCAUGGGAUACAUUAUUAACAUUAAUAGUGUUGCCGGGCAUAUGUCAGCUAAUGCUUUACCUCCAACUUUUGGCUUGAAUAUCUACGGGGCUUCGAAACAUGCCGUCACACAGAUCACAGAAGUGGUUAGAAUGGAAUUGGCAUCGAUGGGAAAUCAUAAAAUUCGUAUUUCGAGUGUUAGUCCGGGAGCGAUUGAAACAGAAAUUCACUUGGCGGCUGAAAUUGGAGAGAAUAUUUGGGAAAAGAUGCAAGUUUUACAACCAAGCGAUGUUGCGGAUCAAUGUAUUUACCUCUUAAGCACGAAGCCCAAUGUGCACGUUUCUGAAUUGACGAUCAAACCAGCAGGCGAAAAAUUUUAAAAAGCAUUUGAAGUUCAAAUAAAGGUUUUUUCGGUCAAUUAAUGA